AAUAAACAAGGCCUUCUAUUCAUCGCCCAUCCUUUGUUUGCUACACACACCUACAUAACACGUAUCCCCCCCCUCCUCCACACACACACAUAAAUCAAUAAUAAUAACAGCGUUGACACAGGAUGGACGAACAUCAGCAGCUUAGCCAGCAUGAGGGCGAGACCGAGCAGGAACUCUUUCUCUACGAUGGACCGAUCGAUCCUGACACCGAACAGGCGAUUCAGGAACUGAACGAUGGUGGUGCCAAGGCGUUUGCUCUCCAGGAUUAUGAACUCGCCGUCGAGAAGUUCGGCCUUGCCUCUGAAAUGCUUGGCCAGGUGUACGGCGAGAUGAACCCAAAGUGUGCAGAUACGUUGUUCAUGUACGGGAAGGCGCUCCUUGAACAUGCCAUCCAGCAGAGCUCUGUCCUUGGCGGUGUUACUGAAAAGAAAUCCAAGGAGGAGCUCGAGGCCGUUGUCGCUGCCGCAACCAGCGGAUCAUCUUCAUCGUCAUCUGCAGCACCGAGCAACCCACGUUUCGUAUUCGAGGGCGAUGAAGAAGAUGACGAAGGCGAAGGCGACGACGACGAAGCUGACCCGGAAGCAGGCGCAUCUAGUGGCAACGCAGAGGGCGGUGAUGAUCAGGAUGAUUUUGCCGUCGCCUGGGACGUUCUCGAUCUUGCUCGUGUGCUUUUCCAUCGCCAGGGCACUGAAGAAGCCCUCCUCAAACUCGGCGACGUCCACAUCGCCCUUGGAGACGUCUCUCUCGAAUCUGAAAACUUUGAUCAGGCCGUCGCAGAUUUCCGGGAAGCCAUCGUCGUCAAAGAGGCCCGACUCUCCCCAGACGAUCGUCAGCUGGCCGAGGCACACUACAAAGUCGCUCUCGCACUUGAGUACUCGCCCACGGAAUCUGAAAAGGCACAGGAACAUAUUCAUAAGGCGAUCACUGUUCUGAGGGCCAGGAUUGAGAAACUCAAUGGGAUGCUGGCUUCGGGCAAGGGUAAAGCCAGGGCGACAGAUGCGAAUGAGAGCGAAACGAAGAUGGCCAAGGAGUUGAUUGAGUUGCAUGAAUUGGUUGGAGAGAUGGAACAGAAGGUUCAGGAUCUGAUUGCGAACCAGGCGAAGAAUCCGCUGUUGGAGAAUACGAACAAGACUCAGAUCGAGAUGUUGAACGAGAUGUUGAAUCAGAAGAAAGCCGUCGCUGCGAACGAUAUCUCGAAUCUUAUCAAGCCAAAGUCCAGUAAACCGGCGUCGACACCAGCAGCAGCAUCAGUACCAGCAGCAGAGGCCGCAUCUUCAUUGUCAUCCUCAUCUUCAUCAGCAGUAGAGUCCGCACCAGCAACGACAGAAUCCUCAUCAACAUCAGCACUAGUAUCAGCAGAGACAACUGAUGGUGAUUCGGGAUUGAAGCGUAAGGCCGAGGAGGCUGUACCAGAAGACGGAGACAAGAAGAUCAAGGUCUAGAGAAUGUCGUCGGGCUAGUGUGGCCAUAUUCCCUUUGUGUUUACUGUAUCCUUCAAAAAUAUAAUACAUGAAUGUAUACAUAUUCCACUCAG